AUGGACGCCCACAUGAUGACUGCCCAGGCUUUGGGACAAGCUCCCUUCCUCUACUACAGACCCGACCAGCAGAAGCCUGAUGCUUCAAGGCACCGCGGUCACUUCUCGCAGCAGCCCAACCUCCACCAGCAGAUGGCCAUGUACCCCAUGGUUCCGACUCUUCCCUCAACUCCCAUCUACUCCAGACCGACCUCUUCUUGCUCACAGCCUAUGGGCCCCACGCUGUACAGCAACGGCCCUGCGACCAUGACUCCUGUCGCCUCUCCCCAGCCCAUGAGCAACAAGCCAGCAAUCAUGCUGGAGACUGAGAUUUGCGAGACGGAACACAUCUACUACCCCUCCACGCCGCCUCUGUCCACCUCGGGCAGCGCCAUCAGCAGCCCCAACAACACCUGCGAGCUCCUUCAGACCCCGAUGAACCCCAUGUUCUCCGGCCUCGAUGGCCUCGACGGCCUCGAGAGCUUCAAGGAGACCCUGGAGGUGCCCGAGAACCUCGCGGUCGACUGGUCCAGCUGCGGAUCCCCCCCGAUGACGCCUGCCGUCACCUCUCUCACCCAUGGCGCUUCGGUCCCAGCGGCCUGGGUGUUGGCGGUGGGAGAGGCGGCCAAGCUGCUCGUGCUUGGAGCAGUUGCAGCGGGGCACGCACCUUCCAACUCAAAAAAAAGGUCCGUCGCGUCUGAACAGGACCUUGACUUCUGCGACCCCCGCAACCUGACUGUCGCUGUCGCGCCCAACACCUCCAACCCGACCUUGGCCCCCGAGUACGCAGCCUUCACUGUCAGUGACGACUUCAGGGGGGACGUUCCUGCCAAGACCCCUACCUCAGCUCCUUCCAACUUUGACUUCAACCCUGCCAUUCCUCACGGCCUUCCCGCCUUCGAGGACCUGUCUGAUUUGGAGUCCGAGGACGACUUUGUCAACGGCCUGGUCAACCUUGGUGACGCUACCUCCACCACCCGCCCUCGCGCCUGCACCGGCUCAAGUGUCGUCUCCCUCGGUCACGCCAGCUUCAUCGGCGCUGAGGAGGACUUCACCUUCGACGGCCUUGAGGCUUCUGCUGCUUGCUUCCCCAGCCCUUCUGCUUCCUGCUCCGACGACGACUGCCACCAGGAAAAGCGCCGCAAGGUCUCCAUCAAGGAGUCCACUCCCGUCAUGACUUCCGCCGCCGGUUCUUCCCAGGCCGCCAGCAGCGAGAAGCAGCAGAGCAACACCCCUGCCUCUGACUCCAGCAGCUCUUCCGACUCUGAGACCCCCUCUGCUCCUCUUCCCGCCCCGGUCAACCGCCGCGGUCGCAAGCAGUCUCUCACCGAGGAUCCCUCAAAGACCUUCGUCUGCGAGCUCUGCAACCGUCGCUUCCGUCGCCAGGAGCACCUCAAGCGCCACUACCGCUCUCUCCACACCCAGGAGAAGCCCUUUGAGUGCAAUGAGUGCGGCAAGAAGUUCUCUCGCAGCGACAACCUGUCCCAGCACGCCCGCACCCACGGCAGCGGCGCCAUUGUCAUGGAGCUCGACGAGUCUGGUGUCCACUCAUUCGACCACGGCAUGAUGGGCCACCCAGAAGACUACCAGCACCUCGGCAAGGUCCUAUUCCAGGUCGCUGCUGAGAUCCCUGGCAGUGCCAGCGAAUUGUCAUCUGAAGAGGACAACGGCAAGAAGAAGAGGAAGCGCUCCGACUGA